AUGAAAAGAGAUAAGCCCGCCCUCUACUCCGGGCCCUUCCCGUUCUACCGGCGCCCGUCCCAGCUGGGCUGCUUCUCCCUGGACGCGCAGCGCCAGUACCACGGCGAUGCCCAGGCCUUGCGCUACUACAGCCCACCCACCGCUGGUCAGGGCCCCAACUUCGACCUCCGAGAGGGGUACCCCGACCGGUACCAGCCGCGGGACGAGGAGGUGCGAGAGGGCAUGUACAUGGGGUACAAGUUCGAGCAGUACAUGUGUGCAGACAAACCUGGAGGCUCCCCCGACCCCUCUGGGGAGGUUAACACCAACGUGGCCUUCUGCUCUGUGCUACGCAGCCGCCUGGGAAGCCACCCUCUGCUCUUCUCGGGGGAGGUGGACUGCACAGACCCCCAGGCCCCAUCUCCGCAGCCUCCCACCUGCUAUGUAGAGCUCAAGACCUCCAAGGAGAUGCACAGCCCUGGCCAAUGGAGGAGCUUCUACAGACACAAGCUCCUGAAAUGGUGGGCUCAGUCAUUCCUCCUGGGAGUCCCCAAUGUUGUCGCUGGCUUCCGCAACCCGGAGGGUUUCGUCUGUUCCCUCAAGACCUUUCCCACCAUGCAGAUGUUUGAACACGUCAGGAAUGACCGUGACGGCUGGAACCCUUCCGUGUGCAUGAACUUCUGUGCCGCCUUCCUCAGCUUUGCCCAGAACACAGUCGUGCAGGACGACCCCAGGCUUGUCCACCUCUUCUCCUGGGAGCCUGGCGGCCCAGUCACCGUGUCUGUACAUCGGGACACACCCCAUGUCUUCCUGCCCACAUGGUACGUGGAAGCCAUGACUCAGGAGCUCCCAUCACCCCCCCAAGACACUGUCCCCUAAGGACUUCUACUUCAGGGGGGCUGGUCCUGUCUCUGUGCAGUUAAAGGCAGAUUUCUAGGUGGUU